AUGGCUUCAAAGAACAUGACAACAAUCAUGGCUCUCUACCUUACCUUCAACCUCGUUUUCUUGGGAUUUAUCACAGCCCAAACUCCGCCUCCUCCCGCAAACCAACCUCAGUGUCCUGUUGACUUGGUCGAUCUCAAGGUUUGCCUCAACGUAUUUACCAAUAUCGUCAACCCACAAGAUCCGGCUAAUAUCCUCAACCCACAAGAUAAGGCUCAAUGUUGCACUCUCUUAACUAAGCUUGGUGGUCCUAUUGCGGCUUUAUGUUCCUGCGAACUCGCUAGAACCAGAGUUCCCGGCGUAGCAAAUGCAAGCAUCACCACUGCGCAAGCCUUUCAGUUCCUCAAGGUCUGCCCAGGUGUGACGGCACCACCCAAUUUCAGAUGCAACUAA